AUCGGUGUCCCUUCAUUGCCCUCUGGUGUCUCCUCCUCGCCCUCUGGAGUCCCAUCAUCACCAUCUGGCAUCCCUUCACUUCCCUCUGGUGUCCCUUCACCACCCUCUGGUGUCCCCUCACUGCCCUAUAGUGUCCACUCAUUACUCUGUGGUGUCCCCUCACUGCCCUCUGGUGCCCCCUCAUCACCCUCUGGUGUCCCCUCAUCACCCUCUGGUGUCCCCUCAUCACCCUCUGGUGUCCCUUCAUCACCCUCUGGUGUCCCCUCAUCACCCUCUGGUGUCCCUUCAUCACCCUCUUGUGUCCCCUCACCACCCUCUGAUGUCCCAUUACUCUCUGGUGUCACUUCAAUACUAACCGGUGUCCCCUCACCGCCCUCUGGUGUCAUUACUCCCUGGUGUCCCCUCAUUACUCUCUGGUGUCACCUCAUUGCCCUCUGGUGUCCCCUCACCGCCCUCUGGUGUCCCCUCAAUACUCUCUGGUGUCCCCUCACUGCCCUCUGGUGUCCCCUCACCACCCUCUGGUGCCCCUCAUUACUCUCUGGUGUCCCUUCACUGCCCUCUGGUGUCCCCUCAUCACCUUCUGGUGUCCCCUCAUCACCCUCUUGUGUCCUCUCACUUCCUUCUGGUGUCCCCUCACCACCCUCUGAUGUCCCCUCAUUACUCUCUGGUGUUGCCUCAAUACUCACCGGUGUCCCCUCAUUACUCUCUGGUGUCGCUUCAUCGCCCUCUGGUGUCCCCUCACCGCCUUCUGGUGUUCCCUCAAUACUCUCUGGUGUCCCCUCACCGCCCUCUGGUGUCCCAUUACUCUCUGGUGUCCCCUCACUGCCCUCUGGUGUCCCCUCAUCACCCUCAUGUCCCCUUACCGCCCUCUGGUGCCCCUCAUUACUCUCUGGUGUCCCUUCACUGCCCCCUGGUGUCCUCUCUUCACCUCCUGGUGUCCCCUUGUCACUCCCUGGUGUCCCCUCACUGCCCUCUGAUGUCCCCUUAUCACUCCCUGGUGUCCCAUUACUCCCUGGUGUCCCCUCACUGCCCUCUGGUGUCCCCUCAUCACCCUCUAAUGUCCACUCAUCGCCCUCUGGUGCCCCUCAUUACUCUCUGGUGUCCCUUCGCCACCCUCUGGUGUCCCCUCAUCACCUUCUGGUGUCCCCUCCUUUCCUAUGGUGUCCCAUUACUCUGUGGUGUCCCCUCAUCACCUUCUGGUGUCCCAUCACUCCCUGAUGUCCCCUCAUUACUUCCUGGUGUCCCCUCACUGCCCUCUGGUGUCCUGUCACCAUCCUCUGAUGUCCAUUACUCUCUGGUGUCCCCUCAUUACCCUCUGGUGUCCCUUAUCUGCUCCAUGUCCUCUACUCUUUCUGCUAGCAAAGACCAGUGACUGCAGCAUGGGGGCCACAUCUGGGAUGGACCCUGGAGGGGCAGGCAUGUGGUUCCUUUGACACUCCACACAGAAGGCCCAUGCAAGGCCAUGUUCAACCAAUGGGAUGGAAGGGGGACACUGACCCUUUUGGCACAGGGUGGGCUCUGGUAGGGGGCAAGAGCCCAGGAGACUGUGUGGUUCGUCCUCAGCCUCUCCUGAUGCUUCCAGGGCAUGUCCAUUUUCAUGUAAACUUAGAGACAGUGUCAACAGUAAAGAGCCUGCUGCCUGCCCUGACCUGGGGUCCCAUGAGUAAGCAGCUCUACAGCAGCCCAGUACAGUGGGAAAACUCGCCCAUAAAACACUGACCAGGGCCGGCCGCGGUGGCUCACGCCAGUAAUCCCAACACUUUGGGAGGCAGGCGGAUCACAAAGUCAGGAGUUUGAGACCAGCCUGGCCAAUAUGGUGAAACCCUGUCUCUACUAAAAAUACAAAAAUUAGCCGGGCGUGGUGGCAGGCGCCUGUAGUCCCAGCUACUCAGGAGGCUGAGACAUGAGAAUCGAUUGAACCCAGAAGGUGCAGGCUGCAGUGAGUCAAAACCGCGCCACUGCACUCCAACCUGGGCAACAGGGUGAGACUCUGUCUUGAGAAAACAAAACAAAACCAAACACACAAACAAAAAAACACUGACCAGGCCCCUUCCUGUCCAGAAGCUGUGAUACCAUACAAACCCCGUCCACCUUACUCAGGAAGGUGCCUGAGAUACUCCAGAUCCUCUGGCUUGGCCUGGACACAAUCAGGGUGUCCAUGGAGCCCCAGAGGCUCCCUGCUUCCCCAAGCCUGGGCCAGAGAAGCCCUGGGGCCUGACAUGCAGCCCCUCCAUCCAGCAAGGCUAGGUCCCCAGCCUGGGCAGGAGGGAGAUGUGACAGCCAAUCUCCUUCCUAGAUGUCUGUCCCCUUGGGGGUCUCAGCAGGGGUGUGGCUGCUCUCCGGU